UGUUAGUGAAGGAGAAGAGUUAAGAGGUUUUAGUCAGUCGUCAGCGGAGAGACAAGGCUUUAUUAAACCGUCAUCGUAUCUCACACACAUAGUAUUUUAAUGUGAUUUGAAGGUUUUUAAAGUUAAUUGAAUGAUUGAACGUGCAGCAAGGGAAAACAAGAAGACAACUAGGAGUUACACAUAUCUGUUAUGGUGCACUAGGUUAUGUUGACAAUAGUUUUGAGAGAAUUAUCAGUGUUAUUUUUAGAGGUGAUCGUUGUUUUGGAGAAGUGUAAUAUCUACUUUACGAGGAGAGGUAGAUACAGUUUUAUGAAUUAACCAGCGACAUUUUGUGAGUAAUUUUGAAGCGAUUUAAGACUCUCAAACUGACGGAGCCAGGCGACUACGACCCGAGUAUGUUGGACUACUGUUCUAACGAUACCUCAGCGGGUUACGCUAAUUCCAACCCCUCCAUGAACUCCAUCUUAAACCAGAACAUGGAAACCUCAAGACAGAGUACAUUCGUCUUAUCCAGUCCUCCACUCGCCGCCUUACAUAAUCUAACAGAAAUGAAAUUUCCAGCCACAUCAUCAAUUAUGUCCACGGCAGAAUAUGAGCAAAAUCUGAAACACAUGCAACAAUUAGCGGCGCAAUCAACGCCACACGGAAUAACCGAUAUAUUAAAUCGUCGGGCUUUAAACGGACUUGGGAUGCCUCGAUUUAACGCCGGAAUGUACCUCAGUCCUCAAGUUCAGUUUCCGAAGAUUGCCGAAUUACCUGGUCGCCAACCCAUCUUCUGGCCCGGAGUGCUUCCUCAACCAUGGCGACCGCAAGGUGAGACAAAUGGUUCCUGUUCGCGUUUUUCAGCCAACCAGAGUACGAUGGUAGUGGAUAAAGAUGGUAAAAAGAAACACACGAGACCCACCUUCUCUGGGCAACAAAUUUUCGCCCUGGAAAAAACUUUUGAACAGACGAAAUACCUAGCUGGACCGGAACGAGCAAGAUUAGCGUACGCUUUGGGCAUGUCAGAAAGUCAAGUCAAGGUCUGGUUUCAAAACAGAAGAACAAAAUGGCGAAAACGUCACGCAGCAGAAAUGGCCACCGCUAAAAAGAAGCAGGAACAGGCAGAAGAUAUGGAAGACGCGCCCUCUGACGGCGAAGAUGAAAACGCGGAUGGAAAUAGUUUAUGCGGACUUGAAGGAUUAGGUCCUUGAAUAUAAUUUCAACCAAUCAAUGACAUUUAAUAUAAAAACUUCCACAGGGAUGAAAGUAGCGGAAGUGUGCUGUGUGUUCCCUGCUGACGUCACAUCCGCUUCUAAAAAUACGGAAGUUGUAAUAUUUGGUUGGGGAAGUGUUUAAUGACGCUUGACGAUAGAACAGAUCUCACCAAAUAAGUAUUUAUCAUUCGGAUGUUAGAGUUCAUGUAUUCAUUGAAAUCCCCAUUCGUAACUCAUCGUUCAUUUAUGGAGUGAGAGAGUGGACAAAUCAGCAACAGUGUUUGCUAAAGUGCCAAGUCGACUUAAUUUUAUUAGUGCUGUUUUGGCGAGAAGUUAAGUCCUAACAACAGUGUAAUGAUUAUAUUAAAACAUAUACACGUAUGCAUGUAGAGUAUAAAUGAAGAUCGAAUGACACUUAAUACUAAAGUGAAAGUAGAACAGUUUGUUUAUAUUAAUAUUCGUUGAAGAAUAUCCGGGUUUCUGAAUUUAGUCACGUGGAACCUAUCAUGCCAAUUCUCGCCAUUUUGUUAAAUAGUAAAAUAUAAUAAGUAUAUAUAUAUAUUAUUAUUAUUAUGUACCUAGAUUAUCAUGUACAGUUUGUGUCGGAAGAAAAUGGUUCUUGUCCUGUCAUCUUUUUUUGUUAAUUAUAUUGAUUCUAAAUUAU